GGGCCGCCGCUGCACUUCAAGGGCAGCAAGCUGCACCGGAUGGUGCCCGGGCAGAUCCUGCAGGGAGGAGACAUCACGUCGGGCGACGGGCGCGGCGGCGAGUCGAUCUACGGCCGCCGGUUCGACGAUGAGCCCUUUGUGCGGAAGCACUCUGCAAAGGGCCUCCUCUCGAUGGCGAACAGCGGCCCCAACAGCAACGGAUCGCAGUUCUUCAUCACGCUCGAUGCGCUGCCUCACCUGGACGGCAAGCACGUCGUCUUCGGCCGCGUCGUAGCCGGAGUCGAGUACGCGGUCGCCAUCGGAGGCGCGUGCGGCUCUGCCGCCGGCACGCCGGUGCGGGGCGUCACCAUCGCCGACUGCGGGCAGCGCGGGGGGGGGAGCGACCAGGACGGGAGCGGCGGAGAAGUGUGA